AUGUCUGAUGGCCUUUAUUCCUCCUUCGCCGAGGUGCUGUCGGUCUGCCAGUCGAUUAAAGAGGACCUAGCGGCGGUGCUCGAUCCUGAAACUGGAUAUGCACCUCGUAUGCGCCAAAUAUGCUGUGAACAAGUAGAAGAACUGGAGGAUAGUCCAGAUUCCCGAAACCUCCGCCGAGAAGUUGACCUCUUACGGUUGGAGUCUAACACAUGGGGUCUUCUGCAAGCUGUUAUGCCCGCACGCAAAACAGACCCUCCGCAAACGAGAUCUCCAAGAGAAUUACUUCUCGAGAACCCAUACACGCCAACAUCUACCCUCGCACAAGCAAUUAUGGACGCAUCGCCUCUCCUCGCUGAACUCGUCGUUGUCCGAGAAUGGCUACAUGACACUGCUCCCACACUUGCCCCUCCAGAAGCUAACACAGGAUAUUGGAAGUUUACAAAACACACCAUCAUGCAGGGUCUUCGAACGGGGCAUGGACAGAGAGAUGGUCUUGUUUCAGAGAUGGAUCCUGACGCCGUGAAUAGAGGAGAUGGCGCGGGGCUAGCUGCGGACGAUGCCAGCUACGAAAAGAGCCUCCUACAAGCGCUUUACGGAUACGUCCGUGCAGGCCGCCUUGACGACGCCGUCGAAGUCUGCCAAAGAGCACAUCAACCAUGGAGGGCGGCAAGUAUCCGUGGUUCAUUAUUGUUUCAGUGGAAAGCGCUUUCCACAGAACUAACGAACGGGGAGGAAGAUAACGGAGACGGCGAACCAGAAAUAUGGUCUGGCAAUCGCAAUCGCAAACUGUGGAAGGCGACGUGUGUCCGGGCAGCUUCAAGCACCAACCUGUCAGACCAAGAACGCCUCCUUUACGCCUCCCUGGCACCUUCCCCACAGACAGCAAGCCUGCUCAAAUCUGCGAGUCGGACAUGGGAGGAUCAUCUGUGGGCGGAGAUUAGCGUCAUAUGCGAGGAGAAGGAGAGCAUGGAGCUUGGCAAGCUGGCUGCGGGAAGCUUCUGGGAAGGAGGUGUUGAUGCAGUGGAGAAAACUGCACAAGACCUGCCGAGGUGGAUACAAAAAGAGCACGAGGAGGCUUGGGAGAAGGAGGUUGUCAGGACGUUGGAAGGCUUGCAGGGAGUCGCAGUUCUUGAUGGGCCACCCGCCGACCAUGCCUUCCAUUUCACCCAACUGUUAAUCAUCCUCGAUCGCACAUCCGUCCUCCUCGAGUCAUUUUCGAACGGUCUGCAGGAUGGAACGCACUCCAAACUCGACUCCGAGUAUGGCUCUAUGUGCCGAUUCUUUGCCCACCUAUGUCUCUUCCUUCAAAUGAUUGACACACCGGUGCCACCAGCGGUGACACAGGUGAUCCUGGAGUCGUACCUUGAAGUGCUUGAGGAGGCUGGAGAACGCGAGCUUAUAGUACUCUACGCCGGAGCUCUGGGAGACAAUGCCGUAGAACGUUACGCCGCGUUCCUUGUCUCGCUCGCUUUGUCAGCCAACUACGACGAACGUCGUUUAGCACUGACACGUGCCAGCGAGCACGGGCUGGAUGUAGAACGUGUCGCCGUCGCUGCAGCUGAAAGAACUAUCGAAAAGGCAUUCUUGGUGCUGGGGCAACUCCAAGACCCACUACCUUCCAUCAUCGCUUUUCAACCUCCUGCAAACGAGUCCGAGACAUUUUUACUGCGGUCUAUCGAGUGGACGACGUUUAUGGAAUCAACGUACAACGUUGCUCUUGAACAGGCUACUGUUAUUCUGCGAUACUUCCUUGGUGCUGGCCGCGUACAAAAUGCCCAAUCUCUUCUUGCUUUGCUUCCCAAUGAGCUGGCGUCGAUAGCGGAGCCGGAGGAGAUAGCAACAGAAUACCUACACUACAGGCAGUUCUUUGUCAUCUGGGACACCCUCGCUCGUGUAGUUGACUGUCAAUCCCAAGAAAGCUCAUAUGCCCAGAGCAGUAGUCGAGAUGCCCGAAAUGCCUGGCUUGGCGAGUACCGAAAUCUCAUCGACCAAGCGUACGACCAGAUUAUCAAGCUGCUGACAACUGAGUGGCUUGUGUCGGACGUGGAAAAUGCUGGAGGUGACCGGCGACGCCGCGAGCUCAUUAGGAUCCGCCAGAUAUUUGUCCCAGAGCUCAUCCUCCGGCUGCAUUACAUCCUGCACAGCUCUCGGAAUCUGAUUCCCGAAAACCUGAAACGCGCUCUGGAGCUGGCCAAUAUUGUAGCGGACUCGCGGUACAAGCUGUACGAAGACUUCAUGAGUGAAGGCGGAAGGACACUCGCGGAAUACCUGGGUACCGUUCGCCAGGCAAUUUUAGCAGGUUUGGAACAUGGUGGCUCUGAUCCUUUCAGGAUUGUGACUGGCCCUUAA